CGCGGGUCCAUUGUCCAAGAACGACAAACAGUGACCUCCGAUACUGGGCUUGAACGAUAUCUUUCGUCCGUUCUCACGGAACACCCCUUGUGUGAGAGCAUUAUAUUAGCGAGGGAAGGCAACGCGGGCGCCAGUCGCGCGCCGGCCGUCGCUGCACGCAUGUGUCUCGAUCUUCUACCGUACUUUAACUGCUUACGUAGAAGGAAUCUGCCGCGAUGAAUACGCGAGUGAUCGUGUCUUUUAUUCUAGUCAGUUUAAACUAUUCUAGUUUAGGCGAGAUGGGGGCGUGCGCGAACUGUGCGAACGGUGAGCUUAGUGUCACUGAGCUGACGGAGGCUAGGAUAGAGUUUGUUAAGCAGCAGAUAUUGAAGAAGUUGAGGCUGAGCAGGAAGCCGACGGUGGCUGUGCCGGUGAACAGCUUACCGAUGCCCGUGGCGCAGGGGCAGACGCUGAGCCAGGGGUCCGACAAACCACCGGAGUUCGACGACUAUUAUGGACGGACGGAACAGAAGAUUAUAUUUCCAGUAGAAGGUGAAUGCCUCACGUCUGGACGGUAUCCGUUCACCUGCCUGCAGUUCGAGUUACCGCCGGACGUUGAGCCGGAAGAAGUAACCGUCGUCGAGCUGUGGUUCUAUAAGGAGCGUGAUCCACUAGACGAAUACAAUCAAACCUUCGUUAUAUCUGAAGCAGCGCAUUGGGACAGCCAGCAACAGUUUAAGAAGACGAAGCCAAUUGCAAUCAAGGAGACGGAUAUUGGUGAAGGUUGGGUGAGAGUGGAGUUGGCCUGGGCUGUGAGGGUCUGGCUCGAGGGGACUGAGAGGUUGCAUACGUUACAUGUGGCUUGUAGGACAUGUCAGCUGCGCCGAGCUCCUCUCUCCUUCCACGAAAAACGCCGCCCAUUCCUGGUCCUAUAUACCAAGUAUGCCGGCAAACGUCGUCGUGGCAGGACACUGGAGUGUGGAGCUACCACCAGUGAAUGUUGUAGGGAACCUCUUUACGUCAGCUUUAAGGAACUUGGCUGGGAUGACUGGAUCAUCAGACCGGCGGGCUACCACGCGUACUUUUGUAAAGGGACUUGUGCCCCAAUUUCAGCUGUAUCGCAGGCAGAUAGCUAUCACCACAAUAUUAUCAGAAAAUAUUUCUAUUCUGUAUCAAAUGAAAGAAAAGCGGAGUUCAAGCCAUGCUGCGCUCCGACAACAUUUAGUUCACUGCAAUUACUCUACAUGGACUCAAAUAACACGGUGACGCAGAAGACUCUACCAAAUAUGGUGGUAGAAUCAUGUGGGUGCAUGUGAGGUGAAUUCAAUGACCUAAACAUUUAAGGGACUUGUGGAAAUAAAAAUUGGAUAAGACGAUCAGCUACUUGAUUGAAGAAGCUUGUUGCUGUAUUUUUCAAGUUGCAUAUUUGUCUUAAAGAAGUCGGUUAUUAAAUCACUUAUUCCAAUCAAAAUCGUAAUUGGACACGUGGAACUAUUUUGAGUGCUAGGCAGAUGUCAAAGAUUUAUUGAUAUUGUGUUGCUGAAAAUACAAGGAGAGAUAAAUGAAAUGAGUUAGAAGCAAUUUGGGAUAGUG